GACGAUCUCAGGGCGGGCAAGGGACAACACACACGAUGUCAGAUGCGCUUCUGUUGCCAUGUCUUGCAACAAUGAGCUGGGGCCUCGGGAAGGCCGACUCGUUUUCUUUUUUAUAUUUUGAUUUUAUUUUUUUUACUACCUCGCCAGGAGGCGAUCGUGGCGGCAGCUACUACUGGGCAGUUUAACUGUAACUAACUAAUAACUGCUGCCUCGUUCUGUUUACUCUCCCAUCCAUCUGUCCAAGCUAAGGUUCAUAAAAAAAUAAUCCCUUCGCUUGUUGCUUCCUGUUGUCCGCGGCAACUUUUGCCUCACAACCUAACAUAUAUUCGUUUCUCCUCUAUUUCCUAAUUUGGUGGCGAAUAUAUAUAUACUUCAAAACCAAUAAUAGCUUCUUGUUUUCCCAAGAUGCACCUGGUUUAUGGCCGUCGCUUCAACCUUCCCAAUCCUGGUGAUCCAGAGUUUUCCUGGCUAGCAUGACCUAUGGUCUAGCAUGUGGAUACCCACUAUUCUUGGUAUUUUGCCAUCAUAUCAUAUCAUGGUCCGGGGCUAUAAGAAAGGAAGAAGAAAGUAGCUAGUUUUUCAUGGAACUGCCAAGUAUAUAUUAUACUUGUUUCAACGAUCCUGCCUCCUGCCAACGGGUUGUUCAUACUAACAUUAUCAGGAUUCUGAUGAACCUGUACACUCAUUCAAAACAUAUACUCCUUUACGCUCAUUUAUACAUCCUAUUCCUGCACUCUCCACAGAUAACAUACACAUACACAUACACACCCGCAGACACAUCCAAGCGGAUAAACGAAGAACAAACAUGACCACCCAAUUGCAAACAGAAUCACCCUUAACGACAUCAUCGUCCUGGAUAGACGAUGCAGAAUUCCUCUGCUUCAGCCCGAACUUUGCUCACUACGAGCCCCCCUCCACGAGCCCGAAAGCCCAUAAAUGGCAGCGGGUCCCAAUGCAAUAUGAGCACGAAAUGUACCUCCAACUCACAGCGGGCGACGACGGCAUCAUUGAGAAAACGGCAAACCAGCUCUAUCUGGAGGAACGACGACGCCGCCUACAUUCUCGAUCUCAAGACCCGGCCGUCUCCGGCCCGCAAGAAAACUCCCCGAGCCCUAUAGACUUUGAAUGUGCCGAGAUGGAGCGGAUACGAGCUGUUGAGCGCCAGCGUGGGGGGCCCGUGCGAUCCGCUUCGACUGUACACCCGUCGUCGUCGACUACGACGACGACUACGACUACGACUACGACUACGACUACGACUGCGACUACGACUACGACUACGAGUACGAGUACGACUGAGCAAAGUAGUCCGCAGGACUCGUCGGAGCCGAGAACGAUGGCGACGAUGAUGACGAGGGAUGACUGGCUCUUUUGCAUUUGAAGAGAAGGGGGCAAUGUGCUCUUUUGUUUAUUAACUGUGUUUUGCAUGUAUUAUGAUGAGAUAUGACAGACUUCUCUUGUGUUUUUAUAUGCUGAGAACUAUUUUUUUGUGCUCUCCUGUUUUUAGCCUGGGUGUUGGGAUAUGUGGGAUAUUUAAAUUUUGGUCAAAUGGGCGUUGAAUUGUCAAUGGUGGGGGGGUUUUUGGUUUUUUUUUUUGCAUACAUCCAUUUACAUCAAUUCGAUGAAGAAUUAGUUAUGUAGCAAAAAAUGGUUAUUAUUUUCUAUUGCGGUUUGCGGGCAAAUAUCACCAAAUAUGAAAUACGGAUAUUGCAUCUAGCCUAAGUAUGACCAUAAAAUACCUUAGCUAAUUAAAAGUGAUUAGUUAAGGUAUAAUAACAUGGCAGCUCGGAAGGAAAAUAAGAGGGAGAGAAGGGGAAGAAGGCAUAAAAACCCUCUGAGCUGAGAGUGAAUGGACAUGAAUCACUUCAUGGCAAAUAGGUAAAAAAUAUGAAAAACAAACAAGGCCUGAGAAUCAAUUAACACACAAGUAUCCCAUUUGCGAUAAAACCACACAUAAUUAAAAUGUGAAACAAGUAGGGAAGUGAAUGCAG